GGAGGAGAAAUCUCCAGAAGAAGCUAUCAAAAUGUAUGAUGAGGCUUGUUCAGUAAUAGAAGAAGAUGGGAAGGAACAGAUGGCUUUUGACUUGUACCGUGCCGCAGCAGCUUUGUAUAUCAAGAUGGAGAAAUAUUUAGAUGCUGCUGCUUUGUUUUUAAGACUCGGUUUAGCUGCUGAUAAGUGCAAUGCCAUCAAUAGCCAAUGCAAGGCCUAUCUGAGUGCGAUCAUCAUCUAUCUUUACGCACAUGAUUUUCAGCAAGCUCAAGAAUGCUACAAUGACUGCUCAGAGGUUCAAGCCUUCCUCAAUAGCGACCAGAAUCGAUGUGCAACGAAGCUAUUGUCUGCUUAUGAGGAAGGUGAUGCUGAAGAAAUCAAACACAUUGCUCAAUCAAGUGCCUUCAAUCACCUUGACCAUGUGGCAAAAUCUCAGGUUGGAGAAAAAAUCAUGGUUAAAGUAGUGUUCAUUUCAAUCUCCAUGUUGUUGCUUUCUAGAAGUUUUGUUCAUCAAUCUCUGGUCCUUGCAUGA